UCUCAACAGUAUGAUGUUUGCAGAUGGCUGUGAUUGUGAUGGAGCAGGUCUGAGAUCAGUCUGACACAUGAAACAUGCAUGCAGAAGAUGAAGAAGACUAAUAUACGCUUUAUUUGGCUUAAAACAGCGGUUUGCAUUCAAGUAGGCUAUAUGUAAAUUAAAUAUUUGUAUGUUUUGUAUGUGAGCAUAAUUUAGUUACAAAAUAAGGCUACGCUUUAUUAAACAGCACUGUAUGUUAAUACUGGGUAAUAUUAAUAAAAUACAUUUAAGAUUAGGGUACGGUUUAGGGCUACAGGGCAUGUGAUUACGGAAAUGUUGAGAUCUAUUAUAUAAUAUAAUAUAUUUUUGUAUUAUGGGUUAUGCUAAAACAUAAAUAAAUAAAAUACUUGAUUUGUCAUGCAUACUAUGUAAACAGUUUUGCAGAAAAAACAGAAGAUGCUUGUUUUGACGGGACACUUAUUAAACGCAUUUCUGUUCACAUGCUGCUUUAUUUAUUUCUCAUGACGUUGACGUUCGUCUCGUGUUUCUGUGCGGUGAUACUCUGGCCCCGCCCACACUUGCCUGCGUCACCAUCUGCCGCUGUCAAUCAAACGCAAGUUUGCUGCUGUCAGACACCGGCACUUUUACCAUCAAUCCAUAAAUCAUAACUCGGCACGUACACACGGUAUAAACGCAGGAUUCAUAAACGGACUUAUAUUCGAACCAUCUAGCGUUGAACUGAACCAAAUUUAGAGUUUGCGUGUAAGUUCAGCGAGUUAGCGAGCGGUUAGCAGCGAACCCCGUGUAGAAUGUGAGCGCUCAGCAGGUGGAUGUGCUGAGGCGGCGUCGCGGUUAAUCAUGCGCCUGGAGUCCGCCGGAGGAGCCUCAGGAUCGGGCUGAAGCUCUGCUGACUCCGCGGUCUGAGUCUGAGCUCGUCUAAGGAUGUCUGCGUUGCUCAGAGUUUCUCUUCUUCUGGCCGUCUGGAUGCUUCUGGCAGCGGUGUCUUCCUCUCAGAGGAACGCUCUGAAUGCUGUGGAUUUCUCCGAGAGUUUUGGAAACGCCCUUCCGUCCCUCAGUCGCCCGGCGAACGCCAGUCAGAUCUUCUACAGCAUCAUGUUUGACGCCGGCAGCACCGGCACCCGCAUCCACGUCUACACCUUCAUCCAGAAAGAUCCGGAUGGACUGCCGGUUCUGGAUAAUGAGAUGUUCCACUCGAUGAAGCCCGGUCUCUCUGCGUUCGCAGACAUCCCUGAGAUUGCCGGUCAUACGGUGCGUCAGCUGCUGCGUGUGGCCAAGAAGACGGUUCCUCCGGUGGAGUGGAAGAGAACCCCAGUUCUGUUCAGAGCCACGGCUGGACUGAGGCUGCUGCCGCCGGCUAAAGCCCACGCGCUUCUGGAGGAGGUGCAAGACGUCUUCGAUGAAUCUCCGUUCUACGUUCCUGUGGAUAGCGUCAGUAUCAUGAACGGCACGAAUGAAGGGAUUCUGGCCUGGGUCACAGUUAACUUCCUCACAGGUCGACUCCACAGAAACCCACAGAGGACGGUGGGAAUCCUGGAUCUGGGAGGAGGAUCCACACAAAUCACCUUCCUGCCCAAAUCAAGGAAAACGGUUGAGAGCGCUCCAGCGGAUUUCAUGGUGAGGUUCCACAUGUUCAGCAGCUCUUAUGAGCUCUACACACACAGCUACCUGGGAAACGGAAUCAAAGCAGCGCGUCUGUCAGCUCUGGGAGCGCUGGGUUCAGAGGGUCUGGAGAAGAAAGUUUUCCAAAGCUCCUGUUUGCCCAAAAGGUACACGGGUGAAUUCAGCUUCGGAGGAUUCAGUUAUCACGUCAGCGGAGUCACCGACGGUGUGUCGGGCUUCAGAGCGUGUUCUCAGGAGCUGCUGAAGGUGCUGAAGGGCAUCAUUAAACAGCCUCACGAGCUGAAGGACAGCAGCACCUUCUACGCCUUCUCUUAUUACUUCGAUCACGCCGUGGAGGCCGGACUCAUCGAUGAGAGAAGAGGAGGAGCAGUGAAGAUCCGAGACUUCAAGAAGAGAGCAAAAGAGGUGUGUAACCGUCCGUCUGAACGCACUCAGCUCAAUCCGUUCCUCUGCAUGGAUCUCACAUACAUCGUCUGUCUGCUCAAAGAUGGCUUCGGCUUUAAGGAAAGCACCGUCCUUCAGCUGACCAAGAAGGUGAGGAACGUGGAGACCAGCUGGGCUUUAGGAGCUGCAAUCUACCACUCCCAGAAGUUCAGGAUCCAUUAAAGAGCUUCAGAGAGAGAAACUGUCUCUGAGAUGAACUGAUUCCUAAGGAGCACAGAACUGCAGACGACUAUUUGCUGUUGUUGUUUACAUUACUGAGCGAAUGUUACACUUUACAGCAGUCUGUCUUUAAUACAGAUUAGCUUUUCUUUUUUCCGCUAUUAAAAUAUUUAAAAUCACUUUUACACUCGUCAAAAUCACUCUUACACUUGUUGAAAUCACUCUUACUCUUGUCAAAAUCUACUUUCAAAAUCAACUAUACACUCGUCAAAAUCAACUUUUUCUCAAAAUCUACUUUUCUCAAAAUCAACUUUUUUCUAAAUAAACUUUUUUUCUAAAUCAACUUUACACUCGUCAAAAUCAACUUUUUCUCAAAAUCAACUUUACACUCGUCAAAAUCUACUUUUUCUCAAAAUCAACUUUACACUCGUCAAAAUCAACUUUUUCAAAAUCAACUUUACACUCGUCAAAAUCAACUUUUUCUCAAAAUCAACUUUUUUUUCAAAAUUAACUUUGCUCUUGUCAAAAUAAACUUUUUUUCAAAAUAAACUUUUUUAUAAAAAAUCAACUUUAAACUUGUCAAAAUCAACUUUUUCUCAAAAUCAACUUAACACUUGUCAAAAUCUACUUUCAAAAUCAACUAUACACUCGUCAAAAUCAACUUUUUCUCAAAAUCUACUUUUCUCAAAAUCAACUUUUUUCUAAAUAAACUUUUUUUCAAAAUCAACUUUACACUCGUCAAAAUCAACUUUUUUUUCAAAAUCAACUUUACACUCAUCAAAAUCGACUUUUUUCAAAAUCUAAUUUACACUCUGUCAAAAUCUACUUUUUCAAAAUCAACUGUACACUUGUCAAAAUCACUUUUACACUAGUCAAAAUCAGCUUUUUUCAAAAUCAACUUUACACUCAUCAAAAUCAACUUUUUCAAAAUCAGCUUUUUUUCAAAAUCAACUUUACACUCGUCAAAAUAAACCUUUUUUCAAAAUCAACUUUACACUCGUCAAAAUAAACUUUUUCAAAAUCAGCUUUUUUUCAAAAUCAACUUUACACUCGUCAAAAUAAACCUUUUUUCAAAAUCAACUUUACACUCGUCAAAAUAAACCUUUUUUCAAAAUCAACUUUACACUCGUCAAAAUCUACUUUUUCAAAAUCAGAUCUACAUUUGUCAAAAACUACUUUUUUUUUUUAAAUCAACAUUACACUAGCCAAAAUCAGCUUUUUUUCAGAAUCAACUUUACACUUGUCAAAAUCUACUUUUUUCAAAAUCAGAUCUACAUUUGUCAAAAUCUACUUUUUUCAAAAUCAACUUUACACUCAUCAAAAUCUGCUUUUUUCAGAAUCAACUUUACACUUGUCAAAAUCUACUUUUUCAAAAUCAGAUCUACAUUUGUCAAAAUCUACUUUUUUCAAAAUCAGAUCUACAUUUGUCAAAAUCUACUUUUUUCAAAAUCAACUUUACACUCGUCAAAAUCUGCUUUUUUCAAAAUCAACUUUACACUCGUCAAAAUCUGCUUUUUUCAGAAUCAACUUUACACUCGUCAAAAUCUAAUUUACAUUCGUCAAAAUUGACUUUUUUUCAAAAUCAACUUUACACUCGUCAAAAUCUACUUUUUUCAGAAUCAACUUUACACUUGUCAAAAUCUACUUUUUUCAAAAUCAGAUCUACAUUUGUCAAAAUCUACUUUUUUCAAAAUCAGAUCUACAUUUGUCAAAAUCUACUUUUUUCAAAAUCAGAUCUACAUUUGUCAAAAUCUACUUUUUUCAAAAUCAACUUUACACUCGUCAAAAUCUGCUUUUUUCAAAAUCAACUUUACACUCGUCAAAAUCUGCUUUUUUCAGAAUCAACUUUACACUUGUCAAAAUCUACUUUUUUCAAAAUCAGAUCUACAUUUGUCAAAAUCUACUUUUUUCAAAAUCAACUUUACACUCGUCAAAAUCUGCUUUUUUCAGAAUCAACUUUACACUUGUCAAAAUCUACUUUUUUCAAAAUCAGAUCUACAUUUGUCAAAAUCUACUUUUUUCAAAAUCAGAUCUACAUUUGUCAAAAUCUACUUUUUUCAAAAUCAACUUUACACUCGUCAAAAUCUGCUUUUUUCAAAAUCAACUUUACACUCGUCAAAAUCUGCUUUUUUCAGAAUCAACUUUACACUCGUCAAAAUCUAAUUUACAUUCGUCAAAAUUGACUUUUUUUCAAAAUCAACUUUACACUCGUCAAAAUCUACUUUUUUCAAAAUCAACUUUAUACUCUUCAAAAUCAACUUUUUUUCAAAGUCUAAUUUAAACUCGUCAAAAUCAGCUUUUUUUAGAAUCAACUUACUCGUCAAAAUCAACUUUACACUCGUCAAAAUCAACUUUUUUUCAAAAUCAACUUUUACACUCGUCAAAAUCUACUUUUUUCAAGAUAAAUUUUACACUCCUCAAAAUCAACUUUUUUCGAAAUCAACUUUUACACUCGUCAAAAUUGACCUUUUUUUCUAAAUCAACUUUACACUCGUCAAAAUCUGCUUUUUUCAAAAUCACCUUUACAUUCGUCAAAUUAAAAACAUAUUUUAGCGUUUAAGUACUUUUUCUGGUUGGCAGAAAAAAAAUUCGCUCGCCAAAACGUUUUAGUUUUUUGUCGAAAUCAACUGAAUUAGUAGUUUUUUGUUUUGGUUCAGGGAUUCUGUAGAAAUGCUCACAUGUUGUUUAGUGGCAUGUCACUGUUAUGUUAUUGUUGAUGUUUAUUUUCAGAUUGCAAUUAAUAACAAUAAAUGUCUGACUGGAA